AUUUUGACAAAACAGAGUAUUAUAAAAAUGAGAGGAGCCAUUGCGAAUAAUGAUUGAAGGGGAUCAGGGUUGGUUCCGCUGUCGCUAUAACCAUAAAUUAACUUGCAUAAAACUACGAAUUUCAUGCAAAUUUGGAUUUUGGAGGUGUCGGUUAAACCCAUUGAUGGAGGAAAAUAAAUACAUUAAUUUUCUUCAAAUAAUUGGAAUCUAAAGCGACAGGCCAUGGAUUUCUUAUUUGUUGAGACGUUUUUAGGUUGAUUAUUGUAACUAUUGUGUUUUGAGGUGAGCAGCCGCUGGGCCAUGGCAAAUAUCGGCAAAGCUACCCACUUUGUGCGCUUUCUCUUUCCCUCUCUACCUUCUACUUCAACUCAGAGAGAAACCCUUUUGCCCAAAAGGAGGAGUCUUUACUCUGUGGAGGCCACUUCUUUGGGUCUUUCAAUUACCAGUUUGAGGCAUCGAGCAUUGAGUAUGGGUUCUGGAGUUUGGUUUAAGAAUAUAAUCAGAAAAAAGAAAGUGAAGGGAGAGAAAUCACGGAAAGUGAAGAGAUAUUCGUCUUUUCAACACAUAACUGGCUGCACAGAGGAUCUCUGCUCUCUCAAAGGGUGUCUAGCACUAGCCAAUGGUGCUUGUCUCGAUAAUCAGGGCAGUGUUGUUCUCUCCGUAGAAUAUGUUGCUGCUAGAAAGAUUCAGACUGCAUACCGUGCACAUGCUGCAAGGCGAAGUCUUCAUCGAAUGAGAGGAACCAUAAGGUUACAGAAACUGGCGCAGUGUGAUUCUGUUAAGAAUCAAGCCUCAGCUACGUUGAGUCGCCUGCAUUCAUGGACCAAGACUCAGGCCCAGAUUAGAGCACGUCGUGCUAAUAUGGUUAUGGAAGGUCAGCUUAAGCAGAAGAAGCUUGAACAUCAGUUGAAGCUAGAAGCAAAGCUUCAUGACUUUGAGGUGGAGUGGAAUAGUGGUUCUGAAACAGUGAGUGAAGCUCUUGCAAAAAUACAUCACAGAGAAGAAGCAGCGGUGAGAAGGGAGCGAGCUCUGGCAUAUGCUUUUACUCGUCAGUGGAAAGCCAACAUGAUCCCAAGUUUUGGACCAAGCAAUAAAGACCUCAGUAAAGCAAACUGGGGGUGGAGCUGGAUGGACCGUUGGAUUGCUGCUCGGCCUUGGGAAAGCCGAGUUGCAGCGCUCGAUAGCACCAAAAGGCCACAGACGACCCGACACCCAAAACUGAUCUCUCCUAACGGAAAAGCAGUUAAGAAAACCAUUUCCCCUGCGAGCAAGGCGCAAGGAAAGGUCAAACUGAUCUCUCCUAGUCCUAAUGGAAAGGCUCCCAGAAAAGCGCGCAAACUGUCUUACGACGCAGCUGCCGUUAAAAAAGAGAGCGUGAAAAGUGAAGAGAAGAAAACUAAGAAUGAAAAGGAAAGCUCUAACUCCAGUUGAUUCAAAUGAUCAACGGAAAAAUCGAGUCUUGUUUACAGUAAAUGCUCUCUUUUCUGUCUUACGUUACUGUGAUUUUUUUAUUAAUUUUUUUAUUAAGUUAUUGUCGUAUAUUUAUGUAAUUAAUCGUUAAUUAUGUAUUGUAUCUGAAACGUAUAUAUAUUUGCUGGUUUUGUACUUGGAAACCGAUGAAAGGAUUUUGUGGUGAGAUGGUUUCUUCUGUAAAA